GGGCCAUGUCCAUAUCUGCUAAUUUGAUCGACUAAGAUAAUGCUGCUCUCGGCGCCGUUCUCCGGCUUCGUCGCUGCGUCUUCUUCUUCCUCUUCCGCAUCUCGCUAGGGUUUCACUCUCCCCUCACUUAAAGCAACGCCAUUCCUACUUCUCUCCCCUUUUCGAGAUCCAUUUCUGAUUGAAACCUAAUCUUCGUGCACGCUUCUAUGAUGCCCAUGGAUGGCUCCGGAGGCGACGGCGUCAGUACUCCUACGUCGGAAGUGACAACGACGACGGCGAGCCAUGGACUUAGCGGUGGCUCUCCUCCUCCGUUCCUUAGCAAGACAUACGAGAUGGUGGAUGACCCGGCGACGGAUGCGAUUGUUUCGUGGGGGCCGGCCAACAACAGCUUUGUAGUGUGGAAUACAGCAGAGUUUGCCAGGGUUCUUCUCCCCAAGUUGUUCAAGCAUAAUAACUUCUCCAGCUUCGUCCGUCAGCUUAAUACCUAUGGUUUCAGAAAAGUUGAUCCUGAUCGAUGGGAGUUUGCCAAUGAAGGUUUCUUGAGAGGGCAAAAGCAUUUGUUGAAAACAAUUAGUAGGAGAAAAUCAAGUCAGUCACAUAACCAACAACAGCAGCCACAAACACAGAAUACUAUUGAGGUGGGGAAAUUUGGUUUGGAGGAAGAGAUAGAGAGGCUCAAGAGAGACAAGAAUGUCCUCAUGCAGGAACUGGUCAGGCUGAGGCAACAACAGCAAAGUACUGAUCAGCAACUAAACACCUUGGGCCAGCACCUCCAAGGCAUGGAACAUCGCCAGCAACAAAUGAUGUCAUUCUUGGCAAAGGCCAUGCAAAGCCCUGGUUUCUUAGCCCAGUUUGUGUCACAAAAUGACAACAAUCGACGCAUUGUUGGAGUAAACAAGAAGCGGAGAUUGCCUAGGCAAGGCAAGCUGGACGGCCAAAGCGAUGUGAAGGAUGGCCAGAUAGUUAAAUACCAGCCCUUGAUAAAUGCAGCAGCAAAAGCAAUGGUGAUGCAGAUUCUAAAAUUUGACAAGUCACCUAGGUCGGAAUCUUUUGGCAAUACCCCGAACUACUUAAUUGAGAAUUUUUCAUCUCCUCCUGAAGGUUUUAAUAGCAGAAGUUCGGUAAAGCGAAUAACUGGAGUUACUCUGUCUGAAGUCCCUGGAGUUACUCUGUCUGAAGCCCCUACAAAUUCAUGUGAUUCAUCUUUGCCCACAACCUCUGGGUAUCCAGCAACGUCCUCAUUAGCCAUGCCAUCUGAUAUUCAUUCUUCUAAUGCAGCAAAUUCUGUGCCUGCUGCAGCGCCUAGUAUGAAUCUUUCUCAAGUCCAGGCCAUGAUGCCAAAUGGAUUCAGUCAGAGCCAUGCAGGACCGAAUGGUGGAAGCGUUCCUAUGAAUCCUAUUCCAGACUUCAUGAAUGAGUUGCUAGAAAUUGAGACCGAUAAGUUUGCUUCUGAUGCUGAUGUGGAUAUACUAGACGAUGCCGAGAAGCUUCCAAGCAUCAAUGAUCCUUUCUGGGAGCAGUUCUUUGCAGCCAGCCCACUCGUGGGAGAUGCUGAAGAGGUUGAUUCGAGCAUGCAUGAACCUGGCGAUGCAAGAAUAGAAUCAGGGGACAAGUGGGACGGCACUCAUAACAUGGCUUACCUCACAGAGCAGAUGGGGAAUCUUGCCUCACAUACACAGUUAAUGCCUGAGAUCGCCCACCAGAAUCUGGCUUUCUCGAGUACAGACUAAUGAUAGGAAUGGUUGGAUGCCACUGGAGUAACAAUCAUGAUCAUAUAACUGCUUUACUGCUUUAGUUGAGUAAAAGAUCAUGGUGCAGUUGGCAAUCAACUUUCGGAUACUCUUAACUGCCAAAGAACUUUGCAAAAAUAUGAACUCUUUUUUGUUUCUUGCAUUCGACUUGGUUCAGUGUCCUUUAACAGUGUAAAAUGAUGAUGAAGAGCUUUUGGUUUGUCCUA